GGUUGGGGUUACGCUAGGAUUCUUGGAAUUGAAAUUUUUACUAUGUGUUUUGUAGAGAUUUACAGAGCUUCUUCUGUAGUGGGCUGUUUACCGUAAGCUUUUCUAGCUUCUUAUUUCUCAGUUUUGUUUUAAAGAUUAAAUUUUUAUUGCUGGAGUUUUGAUCUUGAAGAUUAGGGUUUUAAUCUUCAUAAAGUUAUACUCCGUAAUAAGGGUUUAAAGAAGAGACAAUUUGGGUAUAUAUUAAUGGAGGAGAAAGGGGUAAAUAGUUCAGGCGACACAGUGAAAGGAGAUGAAGGUUAUCAGAUGGUGGGUCCGAGGAGCGAAAACCAUGGGAGCCAGCUAAUGACUGGAUCGACGCCGACGCCGUCGAGCAGUGCGGCGGCGGUGGCGCCACCCCCUCCUCAAGCGGAAAUGAUGAUGAUGAAGAAAAAGAAGGGAAGACCCAGGAAGGACGCAACACUGUCCAUGGCCCUCUCCCCAAUGCCCAUUUCUGCUUCGAUUCCUCUUUCUGGCGAUUAUUCUGCUUGGAAACAGAGUACUAAUCGCCCCACUGGUUACUCAAAGAAGAAACAUAAGCUGGAAUUUGAAAACCCAGGGGAGCGGAUGGCAUAUUCUGUUGGAGGAAAUUUUACUCCCCAUGUUAUCACAGUUAGUGCUGGAGAGGAUGUUACGAUGAAGAUCAUAUCGUUUGCUCAACAAGGGUGUAGAGCUAUUUGUGUCCUGGCUGCGAAUGGUGUAAUUUCGAACGUCACCCUUCGCCAGCCUAAUUCUUCCGGUGGCACAUUAACCUAUGAGGGACGGUUUGAGAUCCUAUCUCUAACGGGAUCAUUCACGCCAAGUGAAAUGGGAACGACAAAAAGCAGGUCUGGUGGAAUGAGUGUCUCUCUCUCAGGCCCGGAUGGUCGUGUCAUUGGUGGAGGACUUGCUGGAAUGUUAGUAGCUGCAGCUCCUAUUCAGGUGGUCGUUGGCAGCUUUCUUCCGGGACAUAAUCUGGAGCACCAUAAACAACCUCCAAAGAAACCCAACAUAUAUGAGUACCAUCAUCAUCCACAUACAUCAUCAUCACCAUCACCAGCUCUUCAAAACACUCACCAGUAUAUCCCACCCACCAAUGGCUCCGUGUUUCACCACGGCGACAUGCACUGUAGUUCAUCGUGACCGUCUGCCGAUCGAUGAUGUCAUAGGUAACACAUAUUGUCAGUUUCCCAUGGGCCCCAUCCAGAAGGCGUGAGAGGAUAUGAUCGUGAAGUCUAAUGUUGUGGGCCACACGAGGCGUGUUUGGCUGCUGUCGCCUGUUUUUUUCCUUAGGGCUUUCAUAGAUGAGACUUUCUGAGCAGAGGGGACUUUUCCUCUUAUGAGAAAAGUUCUUCUUUUUCUGCUGGUAGUGUAAUAAUACUUUAAAUGACCAAUGCUUAUUAUUU